AUGGCUCUCAAGAAUUACUUGAUGUCGUCGUCCUCGCCUGCGUGGCUGCCGUCGCUCUCUGCGACAAGCCCCCAGUCUACCCCCCACCUCCCCCUGCCUACGCCCCCGCACCCUCCUACCACGCCCCUGCACCCUAUCAUCCCCCCGAACCCUACCUACCACGCCCCUGCACCAUCCUACCACGCCCCCGAACCCGCUUACCACGCCCCUGAACCCGCCUACCACGCCCCUGCACCAGCUUACCAAGCCCCUGCACACUACGAGCCCGAAUACCCUGAUGUCCCACCAAAGUACAACUACAACUACGGUGUCGCCGACGGAUACUCUGGCGCCAACUUCGGCCACACUGAGUCCCGCGACGGAUACAAGACCGAGGGCAGCUACACCGUCGACCUCCCCGACGGCCGCAAGCAGAUCGUCACAUAUGUAGACAACGGCGACGGUCUUAUUGCUGAGGUCACCUACGAGGGCGAGGCUCAGUACCCCGAGCACACGCCCGCCUACAAGCCCGCUCCCCCCGCCUACGGUCCCCCUCCCCCCACCUAUGCCUAAGAUGUCUUAGAGAGUCAGAGAUAUAUUCAUCAAAUUGUAUUUAUUUUUAUAAAAGAAAUAAAACUUCACUU